AUGAAUGGGACAGAAGGCCAAGACUUCUACGUGCCCAUGUCCAACAAGACCGGGGUGGUGCGGAGCCCCUUCGAGUACCCCCAGUACUACCUGGCUGAGCCCUGGAAGUUCUCAGCGCUGGCUGCCUACAUGUUCAUGCUGAUCCUGCUCGGCUUCCCCGUCAACUUCCUCACGCUAUACGUCACCAUCCAGCACAAGAAGCUCCGGACACCUCUAAACUACAUCCUUCUGAACCUGGCAGUCGCCGACCUCUUUAUGGUCUUUGGAGGCUUCACGACCACCAUGUACACUUCGAUGAACGGGUACUUUGUCUUUGGAGUAACAGGGUGCUACAUCGAAGGCUUCUUUGCUACGCUGGGCGGUGAAAUUGCUCUCUGGUCGCUGGUUGUCCUGGCUGUCGAAAGAUACGUAGUGGUCUGCAAGCCCAUGAGCAACUUCCGCUUCGGGGAGAACCAUGCCAUCAUGGGCGUUGCCUUCUCCUGGAUCAUGGCCUUGGCGUGCGCAGCUCCCCCGCUGUUUGGCUGGUCCAGGUACAUCCCCGAGGGCAUGCAGUGCUCGUGCGGGAUCGACUAUUACACUCUGAAGCCAGAGAUCAACAACGAAUCUUUCGUCAUCUACAUGUUUGUGGUUCACUUCAUGAUCCCGCUGAUGGUCAUUUUCUUCUGCUAUGGGAACCUGGUUUGCACUGUCAAGGAGGCUGCCGCCCAGCAGCAGGAGUCUGCCACCACCCAGAAGGCAGAGAAAGAAGUGACCCGCAUGGUCAUCAUCAUGGUCAUCGCCUUCCUGAUCUGCUGGGUCCCCUACGCCAGCGUUGCUUUCUACAUCUUCACCAACCAGGGGUCGGACUUCGGGCCCAUCUUCAUGACCAUCCCGGCUUUCUUUGCCAAGAGCUCUGCCAUCUACAACCCCGUGAUUUACAUCGUAAUGAACAAACAGUUCCGUAACUGCAUGAUCACAACCCUCUGCUGCGGCAAGAACCCGCUGGGCGACGAGGACACGUCUGCUGGCAAGACAGAGACCUCCUCCGUCUCCACCAGCCAGGUCUCUCCCGCGGCCCCGCGGGGUGGGCUCUUCUCUCCUGCACUAGGAACCCUGGGAACAAGGCUGUAA